CCACCACCUCGCCGGCCACACUCGUCUUUCUCACGAGCCACAGCCCACAGGCACAGGCAGGCUCUCGAGCUCAGUCCACCCAUCGCAGGGGAUGGCGUCGUCGUUCGCCGUGGCAACGGUCCCGUCGCUGGCGGCCCCGGCGGCCAAGAAGCGGUCCGGCGGCGUCACGUACGUGGAGGGCAUGAACGCCUACAGCGGCCUCAAGGGGCUCAACAAGGUGAACAUGCUCGGGGUGCGCAAGACCGCCGACUACUCCUUCGCCAAGGUCGUGGCGUCGCUCAGCCCCGCGGGCAGGAAGCGGCGCGGCGGCGCGUUCGGCGCCCAGAUGAACGACGCCGCCGAGAUCUUCAGGAUCGCCGCCACCAUGAACGGCCUCGUGCUCGUCGGCGUCGCCGUCGGGUUCGUGCUGCUCCGGGUGGAGGCCGCCGUCGAGGAGUCCGAGUAGGGUGCGUGGGCCUGCCACUGUCGGCUGUCGCCCCGGGCCGCAGUCUGCUUCAGAAACCGUGAUAUAUAUAUAACCAGAUGUACGCUUUCGAAUCAAUUUACUUUGGUAUGUAUCCAUGACAAUUGGUGAAUACUGUGGAAAUAUGUUUUUGGAGUCGAGGCCUGCAA